AUGCCCGAGAGUAACAUUCUGCACGAGAGUGACACCAUGCCCGAGAGUGACAUUCUGCCCGUGAGUGACACCAUGCCCGAGAGUAACACCAUGCCCGAGAGUGACACGCUGCCCGAGAGUGACACGCUGCCCGAGAGUGACAUGAUGCCCGAGAGUGAAACGCUGCCCGAGAGUGACAUGCUUGACAUGCUGCACGAGAGUGACACCAUGCCCGAGAGUAACAUGCUGCACGAGAGUGACACCAUGCCCGAGAGUGACAUUCUGCCCGUGAGUGACACCAUGCCCGAGAGUGACACCAUGCCCGAGAGUGACACGCUGCCCGAGAGUGACACGCUGCCCGAGAGUGACACGCUGCCUGAGAGUGACAUGAUGCCCGAGAGUGAAACGCUGCCCGAGAGUGACAUGCUUGACAUGAUGCCCGAGAGUGAAACGCUGCCCGAGAGUGACAUGCUGCACGAGAGUGACACCAUGCCCGAGAGUAACAUGCUGCACGAGAGUGACACCAUGCCCGAGAGUAACAUUCUGCCCGUGAGUGACACCAUGCCCGAGAGUGACACCAUGCCCGAGAGUGACACGCUGCCCGAGAGUGACACGCUGCCCGAGAGUUUCAUGAUGCCCGAGAGUGAAACGCUGCCCGAGAACCUGGCCUACGACCGGAGGAAGCAGCCCACUCUGCGAAACAGGAACUCGCCCGGCGACUAG